UCCGACGGUUUUACUUUCAGUGUAAUUAUAAUGGAUAAUAUUGUCUACGAUUUCGCCAAGAUCACAUUUCAACCGAAGGAGGGGGGAUUCGCGGGUAAUAGGUCGUCCACCAGCUCGAAUCUCUCGUGGCGACUGAAGGAGAUGGCCAUGUCGGACAUGGAGGAGAUGCAGGAUACAUCCGAGCCCGUAGCUGCUCCCGAAUCCGAUGGCAGCGUCAGCAGUGCGUCCCAGGAUUCGGACGACGUGGACUCCCAGCUGAGUCGCUGCGAGGACAAUGACGACGAUAGCGACUGCAUCAGCGGGUCCUCCUCCAGUCAUAGUUCCAAUUUUGGUGCCCGGGCGGGUGUGGCUCGUCGCAGGAUGCCCGCUAGGGUGUCCAAGGACAACUUCAACCGGGUCUGCAGUGCCAUCAUGAAGCCCGUCAAGAAGAAGCAACGCAAGGAGCUUAACACCAAUGCCCAGACCCUGAAGAGCAUCGAAAAGUUGUACACCAGCAAGCGGAUGAAGAAGUUCACGCCCACCAAUCUGGAGACAAUCUUCGAGGAGCCCAGCGACGAAAAUGCCGCCGAUGCGGAGGACGACAGCGAGGAGUGCUCCAUCAGCAGCCAGGUGAAGGUCGUCAAGGUCUGGGGCCGCAAACUGCGCCGGGCCAUAUCCUUCAGCGAUGGCCUGAACAAGAACAAGAUCCUGUCCAAGAGACGCCGCCAGAAGGUGAAGAAGACAUUCGGGAAGCGCUUUGCGCUCAAGAAAAUCUCCAUGACCGAGUUCCACGAUCGUCUGAACAAGAGUUUCGACAGUGCCAUGCUGGAGGGCGACGAUGGCGAGGCGGGCGGCGGGUCGGCAGAAACCCUCGAGAUCCCCAAGACAUCCAUGACCAUGGAGGAUAUACAGCUGCCGGCGAUGGGCAGCCAGCACCACCAGUUCCUCAUGCAACCGGCGGGCUUUGAGUAGAGAGACUGAACGAUUCAAUACGCACCACAUAAUUAUUCAUUAUUCAUUGCAUUACAACUAGCUGAUAGUGCCCAAAAACAAAUGUACUGAUACCAACUAUGGAGCUAGGAUUUACGUUCGUUCGGUUUACUUCAUACCGUAGUCUUAAGCCGCCCCAUCAAAGUUAUAUGUGUGUAAAUAGCAAGUAGAGGAAAAUAAUCUAGAGCUAUACCUAAAACUAAACUUAUCCAGCCAUAGAAUACGAUUCUGUGCCUAGCCAUAAGCGUAUAAAUAAAAGAUGAAAAUACAUAUCCAUCCCCUGGCUCACGAUCUUACGUUCAGGAUUUUAUUUAAAGUUCUUGUGUUUAUGAAGAAUCUCUGGUCCUCAAUUUUCAUCUCGAUUAAUUAAAAGUAUAUUCAAACCGU